GUUUCUACAGGAUUCCGAUUUGCAUCAAAUCCAACAACGCAGCAUCAUGACAGCGAAGCUCCGCGAGGCAGAGGAGAACCUGCACAAGGCCGAGAAGCAUCUGAAGACGACCAUGUUCCGGUGGAGCGCUGACUAUAUGAGUGCGACGCCCUACUUGGAGAAAGCUGCUGAAGGGUUCCGCGCCGGCCAGGACUUUGCCCGCGCGUCGUCGACGUACGUCCGCCUGGCUGAGAUCCAGCACAAGAACCAGGCGACGUUUCGUGCAGCGAUGCACAUGGAGACAGCCGCCAAGCUGCAUCUGCAGUAUGCCCCGAAACAGCCCGGGGCGGCCAAGGAGUAUUACCAAACUGCGGCCGCGUACUACGGCGAGACGGGCGAAUUGGGCAAGGCCGCCGAGAUGUUGCUCAAGGGCGCGGCGGCACUCGAAGAGGUGGGGUAUACCGACGUCGAGAAGAUGUACUUGGAAGCGUGCGAUCUCAUGGAGGCCCAGGACAAGCCGCACUUUGCCGUCGAUGUGUUCCGAAAGUCCGCGAGCUUCUUUCUCAAACGCAAAGCGUACGACGACGUGGUGGCCAACUACGCCAAGCAAAUCCUGCUGUUCCAAGCCAUCGACCAGAAAGAAAACAUGUACAAGGCGUUUGUAAGCAUUGUGGUCCUCCAUCUAGCCAAGCCGGACGUUGUGGCCGCGGACCAAGCCUACAUGCGGCACCUCCAGGACGACGGGUACCUCCACACGGACGAAUGUGCGCUCAGUGAAGAUUUGAUUGGCGCGUUCAAGCGAGGCGACGAAGAACAGCUCAAGGUGGUGCUCAAAAAGCCCCAUUGGCAAUACUUGGACACCCCCAUCGGACGCCUCGCGCGGACAUUGACCAUGUAUAGCACAAACAAAAGUCGUCCUGCGAUGCCUCAACCUCGCAACAACCCUGUUGCUUUGAAACCGGCUCCAGCUGUUGCCAGUCCUCCUGUUACGUUGCCAGUGCCUCAAACUUCCCAUCAGCAGCACGAAGAGCUGCUUGAAAAAUUGCAUCCAGAGAUGGUUCCAGCACAAAAACCAGCUCACGAACAAGAAGAAGAUGUGUCGUUUGACCUGACUUAAGGCGGGGUGUAUGGGGCUGAUGACGUGGCAAGUUCGUGGCCAAGCCUGUGUAUAUAUAUAUCCAUAUAAUGCAGAGCAAAUACAUGUAGUACAUACAAGUUUGGAGAAAAAAAUAAAACCAAUUAAAAAAAUUAGAGCUGUC